GCAGGCUUGCUUCACUUUUUUUUCUCUUUCUUUUUUUGCAUGUCUUCAGCCAAGUUUUUGGGAGGGUUUCCCAGACAGAGGUUCUUGUGUCCACAGCCUUAAGACGUGCAGCUCGGGGUGCAGUGGUCACUGCUUUCUGAUCCAGGCAACGCAGGCGGCAGCAGCAGUAUGGAAUUCUGGGGGACCUACCUGAUCUUCUGUGUCUUUUCCUUCCUGUCCCAGGUCACUGCAGAGUCACCCACUCCCAAGACCAAGAAGGCUGCAAAUGCCAAGAAAGAUUUGGUGAGCCCAAAGAUGUUUGAGGAACUCAAGAACAGGGUGGAUGUCCUGGCGCAGGAGGUGGCCCUGCUGAAGGAGAAGCAGGCCUUACAGACCGUGUGCCUGAAGGGUACCAAGGUGAACUUGAAGUGCCUCCUGGCCUUCACCCAGCCGAAGACCUUCCAUGAGGCGAGCGAGGACUGCAUCUCGCAAGGGGGCACGCUGGGCACGCCGCAGUCGGAGCUAGAGAACGAGGCGCUGUUCGAGUACGCGCGCCAGAGCGUGGGCAGCGAGGCGGAGAUCUGGCUGGGCCUCAACGAUAUGGCUGCAGAAGGCACCUGGGUGGAUAUGACCGGCGGCCGCCUGGCCUUCAAGAACUGGGAGACGGAGAUCACGACGCAACCCGACGGCGGCAAAGCCGAGAACUGCGCCGCCCUGUCCGGCGCAGCCAACGGCAAGUGGUUCGACAAGCGAUGCCGUGAUCAGUUGCCCUACAUCUGCCAGUUUGCCAUUGUGUAGCCCAGUCUCUUCUAGCCCAGCCCUGAGCGGAGGGGCUGGGCCUGGGCCAGGGAGGGGUGUGAACCGCAAAGCGCAGAAGGCUGUUGAUGGGUGGGGCUUGUGGGCUUGCUAUGCGGGCGGGGUGUUGGCGGGCUGAGCCGAACAUCUGUGAGUGGGGCGGGUGUGGUGGUUCUCAGGGAGAGACAAGUUGUUGCAGGGCCCAGAAGGGUGGGGAGACCUUUCUGUCCCUCUCUCUGCUUGGUUUUUGCAAAUAAAGUUGGUGCAGAAUUCCUAAA